GUUUCGAAACAGAACAAGAGGGGGGACUGUUUAUCUUCGUGGAGGUCUCGGAGUGGGAGGUUUCUUCAUCAGCCAGCAGGAGUAAGGAGUACCAGACACCGGAAAUCGGUUAGGUUGCAAGCGACCGGCAAGUCAGCGCGGUUCCCAUGACCGACAAUGUUCCGGACGCAGUCCCAGAUUGACAUGCCCCCAGCAUUGCCCAUGCCACCCCAGAUGAGCCGAGCUCUCUCAGAGCCGGCAGAUCAGAACCCAUUCACGGCGGAUCAGAAUCCAUUCACGGCGGAUCAGAAUCCAUUUUCGCCGUUCGAGUCAUCUCUGCACGACCUUGAACAGCUGCUAGGAGACGACUAUGACCGUGACGAAACCGACCCUGUCCUGCUGUUCGCUGACAGGAGAUGGAAGCCGACCUCAUCCGCAGCUUCGUCUGCAUCUUCAAUCACCCCACCUAGUUCAAUUACGCCACCUAGUUCCAAUCCUCAACCCCAAGGGCCCACCCACAACGGGUUUCACAACCCACGGUCCGCAUUUUUUCCCCAAGCACGUCCGCCGAGGGAGAAGAUGCGGCGCACCCGGGACGACCAUCCGGUCCGAUCGAGCAAUUCCAGUGGCAAUGGCGGCUCUGGCAGCCGGGAGCAGGCUCCGUGCGUGUGGUGUGGCGAGCUGCAGAUUCGUUCGACGAAGACACCGAUUGUCUACAGUGCUAAAGUCUUUCUGGGCGGCGUACCCUGGGAUAUCACAGAGCCAGCACUGUUGUCGGCAUUCCGGGCGUUUGGCGUUGUGAAGGUUGAGUGGCCUGGCAAGGACAGGCGGCACACAAGGCACCCACCAAAAGGGUUUGUGUAUCUUCUGUUUGAAUCCGAAGUUGGUGUGCAUAAGCUGAUCAAGAACAGCCGCGAGGACACGAGUGGAAUGCACUACUACACGCUGACGACACGUCGUGUGCACGGGACAGAGAAGGUGCAGGUGCAAGUGAUCCCAUGGAACCUAGCAGACAGCAACCGUGGACCCCACAACCUGAUCAACGGCAUUGACACGAACAAGACUGUAUUCGUGGGUGGACUGCACGGGCUUAUCGUUGCAGAUGACCUUGGACGCAUCAUGAACGACCUCUUUGGUGGAGUCGUCUAUGCUGGAAUUGACAUUGACCGCCACAAGUAUCCAAUUGGCUCAGGGCGAGUGACAUUCGGGAACUGGCACAGCUACAUGAAGGCCAUCCUUGCCAGCUUCGUGGAAAUCAGGACCAGCAAGUUUUCCAAGAAGGUCCAAAUUGACCCAUAUCUGGAGGAUACCCAGUGCUCCCAGUGCGGCGUGCACCCUGGACCACUGUUCUGCCGCGACCAAGCCUGCUUCAAGUAUUUCUGCGAGCAGUGCUGGCAGUGGCAGCACAGCGUCGGCUGGCUGCGUAGCCAUCGCCCGAUCAGCCGCUCACACAAGAAGACUUUCAACCCGAUGAACUAGCCACUAUCCGCCACAAGGAGUGCGCUGGUAUAGUUUCCUACCAUGAAAAUUGACUGCCCUGCAACCGAAUGUCAACUGCCGUUAGCCAGCGUAGUGUGAUUUUUAGAAUGUUUUAUGGCAUGAGAGCCUUUUAACGCAUCCAUGUUUUAAUAGACCGCAUUAGCUGGUAGGCUGGUAAGGCGGCAUCCUCUAAAAAUUUGAAGGCAGCUAACUCGCCAGGUUGGUAACAAUUUUAAGCCAGUGUUCUCAUUUGUCGUCAGUACUCUUCAUUUCAUUAGUUUCUCACGUUGAUCUUGUCUAGUCAAAGGGUGCCUCUUCAUCUUGUUCAUAUUUCCAAAUAUUUAAAUCUAGUUUAAUCAUAGCAAUCAAACAACCUUUUGUUUACUACAUUAUAUCUUUAUAUUAUCUCCUAGCUUAUAUUCUCAGAGAUGAUUUUCAGUAUUCAUCCUCCUACUUCAGUAAGUCCUUCGCUCUUUCACCAUGACACAAUAUUACUUAGAUCGGACGCAUUACAAAAGUACUUUGAUACACGUAGCAAGAAGCAAAGCAAAA